CUGGACUCGCGCGAGGUGACCCGGAAGCGGUUGUCAGGCGCCACCGUGCGUAUCAGCUCCCUUUUCCGGCCGGCGUGUUGGCGAGUGGAGUGUCUGCCGCGUUCGGGCCUUCACCAUGAGUGUCCCGGCCUUCAUCGACAUCAGUGAGGAAGAUCAGGCUGCAGAGCUUCGAGCUUAUCUGAAGUCUAAAGGAGCUGAAAUUUCAGAAGAGAACUCAGAAGGGGGACUUCAUGUAGAUUUAGCUCAGAUUAUUGAAGCCUGUGAUGUGUGUCUGAAGGAAGAUGAUAAAGAUGUUGAAAGUGUGAUGAAUAGUGUGGUAUCCCUCCUAUUGAUCUUGGAGCCAGAAAAGCAGGAAGCUCUGAUUGAAAACCUCUGUGAAAAGCUGGUCAAAUUUCGGGAAGGUGAACGCCCAUCUCUGAGACUGCAGUUGCUAAGCAACCUUUUCCAUGGAAUGGAUAAGAAUACUCCAGUAAGAUACACAGUAUAUUGCAGCCUCAUUAAAGUGGCAGCGUCCUGUGGGGCCAUCCAAUAUAUUCCAACUGAGCUGGAUCAAGUUAGAAAGUGGAUUUCUGACUGGAACCUCACCACUGAAAAAAAACAUACCCUUUUAAGACUACUUUAUGAAGCACUUGUGGAUUGUAAGAAAAGUGAUGCUGCUUCAAAAGUCAUGGUCGAAUUGCUAGGAAGUUACACGGAGGACAAUGCUUCCCAGGCUCGAGUUGAUGCCCACAGGUGUAUUGUACGAGCAUUGAAAGAUCCAAAUGCAUUUCUUUUUGACCAUCUUCUUACUUUAAAACCAGUCAAGUUUUUGGAAGGAGAGCUUAUUCAUGAUCUUUUAACCAUAUUUGUGAGUGCUAAAUUGGCAUCAUAUGUCAAGUUUUAUCAGAAUAAUAAAGACUUCAUAGAUUCACUUGGACUAUUACAUGAACAAAAUAUGGCAAAAAUGAGACUACUUACUUUUAUGGGAAUGGCAGUGGAAAAUAAAGAAAUUUCUUUUGAUACAAUGCAACAGGAACUUCAAAUUGGAGCUGAUGAUGUUGAAGCAUUUGUUAUUGAUGCAGUGAAAACAAAAAUGGUCUACUGCAAAAUCGAUCAAACCCAGAGAAAAGUAAUUGUCAGUCAUAGCACACAUCGGACUUUUGGAAAGCAGCAGUGGCAACAACUGUAUGACACACUCAAUGCCUGGAAACAAAACUUGAACAAAGUGAAAAACAGCCUCCUGAGUCUUUCUGACACCUGAACUUUUAUGCUAUAAUUUUCUUUUGCGGAAAAAUAUCUAAAUGAUAGUAAAACAUUAUAAGCUGAAAUCUGA